AAGACCGGAAUAAUUCAUGACCUCUUGCACGCAAAAGUUCGCCUACCCACCGAAACUUGUGCACAUCGUUUGUAGCCCAAAAAGAUUGAGAAAAAAAAAGGACAAUUUCGAUGAAAUUCCUGACUGGUCGCUUGGAGGAAUUUCUGCUCAUCGCAGGCGAGUGGUGGUUUUGAGCGUCGGCUCACUCCUUCCUUUCUGUUGGCUAACGGGUUUGGUUUAUCCCUUUCAGAGGCUGGAAAGAUGCAUGGGGACCGUCACCUCUCUGACCAGCGGCGUCUCGGAGAGGGAAGCUAACGAUGCCCUGAACGCUCACGUGUGCAAAGGAUCCCCGCAGCACGAGGAGAUAUGCUUAGGGUUGUUCACCCUGAUCCUCACCGAGCCUGCUCAGGCACAGAAGAGUUACCGGGACCUGGCGCUCGUCAGCCAAGACGGGAUGAGCACCGUCUUGAACAAGAUGAACCAGAUCCUGAUGGAGAAAUACUUGAAGCUCCAGGACACGUGUCGCACCCAGAUGGUGUGGCUUCUGCGGGAGAUGGUGAGGAGCGGCGUGCUUGGCAGUGACGGCAUCUGUAUGACCUUCAUGAAGCAAAUUGCGGGCGGAGAUGUGACGGCCAAGAACAUCUGGCUGGCGGAAAACAUCCUGGACAUGCUUACGGAGCAGAGAGAGUGGGUGCUGAAGAGCGCCAUGCUGAUUGCCAUGUCCGUCUACACGUACCUGCGCCUCAUCGUCGACCACCACGGCGCCCCUCUCCUCCAGGCCCUGCGGCAGAAAGAGGUGGACUUCUGUAUCUCUCUUCUCCGGGACAAGUUCAUGGAUUGUUUCAUGAUUGGACGGGAUCUGGUGAGGCUCCUGCAAAACGUGGCCCGGAUCCCUGAGUUUGAGCAACUCUGGAAGGACAUCAUCCACAACCCGCAGGUCCUGAGCCCCCAGUUUACAGGUGUAUUACAACUUCUGCAGUCUCGGACGUCACGCAAAUUCCUCGCUUGCCGCCUCACCCCCGAUAUGGAGACCAAGCUGCUCUUCAUGACCUCUCGGGUGCGUUUUGGCCAACAGAAGCGGUACCAGGAUUGGUUCCAGCGCCAGUACCUCUCCACCCCGGACAGCCAGUCCCUGCGCUGCGAUUUGAUCCGCUACAUCUGUGGGGUGGUCCACCCUUCCAACGAGGUGCUGAGCUCCGACAUCCUGCCUCGCUGGGCCAUCAUCGGGAAUGCCAUUGGAGAGCCUUCAGUGGUAAAUUCAGGUCUUCUUGUAAGCCUGCCGGGCUACAGCCACCGGUGUUUCCUUGUAAAAUCUAAGGAAAUACAGAGACGCCUACGUGGGUCUCCCUAUGGCCUCGGAGGCUGCCUUAGCAGGAGGCUGAGCGCUGUUUCCAGAACCCAGGACCUCAAGUCAUCUCAGCUAGAGGAGUCCAAUGUGGCCGCGUCAAAUGCCAAGCUGGCCUUGUUUUACGACUGGCUUUUCUUCAGCCCCGAGAAGGACAGUAUCAUGAACAUCGAACCUGCCAUCUUGGUCAUGCAUCAUUCCAUGAAACCCCACCCGGCCAUCACCGCCACCCUUCUGGACUUCAUGUGUCGGAUUGUCCCGAAUUUUUACCCCGCUCUGGAGACUCACGUGCGGCAGGGCGUCUUCAACUCCCUCACCCACAUUGUAGAGAAACGAGUCUUGGCGCACCUCGCUCCUCUCUUCGACAAUCCCAAGCUGGACAAGGAGCUCAGAGCCAUACUAAGAGAGAAAUUCCCAGAGUUCUGCAGUUCGCCUUCCCCUCCCGUAGAAGUCAAAAUCGAGGAGCCCAUUGCCAUGGAGAUGGACAAUCACACGUCGGACAAAGAGGACAGCUGCUACGACCACGCGGAGGCGGCGUUCAGUGAUGAUGAUGAAGAGGACCUCAACAGCAAAGGGAAAAAGAGGGAAUUCCGGUUCCAUCCGAUCAAGGAGGCCGUAUUGGAAGAGCCGGUGGACAUCACGCCCUUCCUGGACCAACUGGAUGAGUCCUUGAAGGAUAAAGUCCUUCUGCUGCAGAAGGGAAGCGAUACUGAAGCCCAGUGUGAGGUCAUGCAGGAAAUUGUGGACCAGGUUCUGGAGGAGGAUUUUGACCAGGAGCAGCUGUCGGUCCUCGCGUCCUGCCUGCAGGAGCUUUUCAAGGCCCACUUCCGCGGGGAGGUCCUGCCGGAAGAAAUCACGGAAGAGUCUCUGGAGGAGUCGGUGGGGAAGCCGCUUUACCUAAUAUUUAGAAACCUUUGCCAGAUGCAAGAGGAGAACAGCAGCUUCUCGGUGUUGCUCGACCUCUUAUCCGAGCUGUACCAGAAGCAGCCGAAGAUCGGCUACCACCUCCUCUACUAUCUAAAAGCCAGCAAAGCGGCGGCUGGGAAGAUGAACCUCUACGAGUCCUUCGCCCAAGCCACGCAGCUGGGGGACCUGCACACCUGCCUGAUGAUGGACAUGAAGGCCUGCCAGGAGGAUGAUGUCCGGCUCCUUUGCUACCUCACGCCUUCCAUAUACACCGAGUUUCCAGACGAAACCCUGCGGAGUGGGGAGCUUUUGAACAUGAUCGUGGCCGUCAUCGACUCCGCUCAGGUAAGACCCACCUGCGGGGAAGAGGGAGAGAAAAUCCUCUUUCUGGUUCAGAGCUUGGAGUGGGAGACGUUUGAGCAGUACGGCACCUGGCAACUUUUCCUGGCCCAUAAUAUACCUCUGGAGACCAUUAUCCCCAUCCUUCAGCAUCUGAAGUAUAAAGAACACCCCGAGGCGCUUUCCUGCUUGCUGCUCCAGCUGAGGCGGGAGAAGCCCAGCGAAGAGAUGGUGAAGAUGGUGCUGAGCCGGCCUUGCCACCCGGACGACCAGUUCACCACCAGCAUCCUCCGGCACUGGUGCCUUAAGUAUGAUGACCUCUUGGCCGAGCACAUCAAGUCGCUUCUGAUCAAGAACAACAGCCUGCCUCGGAAGCGUCAAAGCCUACGCAGUUCCAGUAGCAAACUGGCCCAGUUAACCUUGGAACAGAUUCUGGAACAUCUAGACAACCUGCGCCUGAACCUCACCAACACGAAACAGAACUUUUUCAGCCAAACCCCGAUCCUCCAGGCCCUGCAGCACGUCCAGGCCAGCUGCGACGAGGCCCACAAAAUGAAGUUCAGCGACCUUUUCUCCCUGGCCGAGGAGUACGAAGACUCCUCCAGCAAGCCCCCUAAAAGCCGGCGGAAAGCCACCCUCUCCAGCCCCCGCAGCCGGAAGAACGCCGCCCAGCCGGCCAACAACGAGGAGGAGUCGGCCUCCAGCAGCGCCUCGGAGGAGGAAGACACGAAACCCAAACCAACGAAACGGAAGCGGAAAGGCUCCUCGGCGGUGGGCUCGGACAGUGACUGAGGAGGGGGGCGCUGGAGGGGCCGGCAGGGGGGAGCGGAGAGCCAGUGGUGGAAGCCUGGCGCUCUCUCCCCGCCACGCCGACAGGCUCCAUCGUGGCCACAACAACAGAGAGAACGGACUAAGAGCAGCGGGAUGCGUUCCGUCGACAGCGAGGGAUAAGCGACACACCAGCGGAUGUUCAGAUAACCCCCCUCUUCGCCCCUCCGCAGCAGUACUGUCUAGGCCCCCUCCCUCCUCUCCCGACCCGUGAGAUCCACGCUCCGAUGCGGGCACUGCCUUCCUCCCUCCUGGUCUCUCCCAUCUUCCAAACGGUGCCCGCCGCAGAAGAACAGGCCUGUCUCCUGGCGACGUACAUCCGCGCCCCCCCCAGGACCAUCGUAGCUGGCGGGAAAGACCCUCGCGAUGCGAUCAGGGCCGGGGAGGACCGUACCGCCUCCCCUCUCGCACGCCGCUCCUCCCGGAAAAAUGUAAAUAAAUCAUGUGAACUGCCA